AUGGCCCCUCCGACAGGGAAUGUCGUGGACAGCCAGACCCCGCGGCUCGUGGCCAGGCAGCUGCGCUGGGACCUGACGGCCGAGCAGAUCGAGGCCAUGGCCACCGAGCUGACCGAGAGCACCAAGCUCGUGUACGACCGCGUGGGAGCCCAGGAGAGAGGCGAGGUCUCCUACGAGAACACCCUGAAGGCUCUGGCGGAUGUGGAGGUGGAAUACACAGUCCGUAGGAACAUGCUGGAUUUCCCCCAGCACGUGUCCCCCUGCAAGGCCAUCCGCACCGCCAGCACCGAGGCCGACAAGAAGCUCUCGGAGUUCGACGUGGAGAUGAGCAUGAGGCAGGAUGUGUAUCAGAGGAUUGUGUGGCUCCAGGAGAAAGCAGAGAGCGCUUCCCUGAAGCCUGAGGCAAAGAGGUACCUGGAGAGGCUGAUCAAGCUGGGAAAAAGGAACGGGCUUCACCUCCCCGAGGAGACACAGGAGAAAAUCAAAGCUAUUAAGAAAAAGCUGAGCGUGCUGUGCAUAGACUUCAACAAGAACCUCAAUGAAGACACCACUUUCCUGCCCUUCUCCAGGGAGGAAUUAGGGGGGCUCCCUGAGGAUUUCCUGAACUCCCUGGAGAAGACAGAGGAUGGGAAGCUGAAGGUCACACUGAAGUACCCACACUACUUCCCCCUGCUGAAGAAAUGCUACGUGCCUGAGACCAGGAGGAAGGUGGAGGAGAUGUUCAACUCCAGGUGCAAAGAGGAGAACUGCCUGAUCCUGAAGGAGCUGGUGGACCUGAGGGCUCAGAAGGCCAAUCUGCUGGGUUUCAGCACCCACGCUGACUUUGUGCUGGAGAUGAACAUGGCCAAGAGCAGCAGGACGGUGGCCACGUUCCUGGAUGAGCUGGCCCAGAAGCUGAAGCCCCUGGGGGAGAAGGAACGGGCUGUGAUCCUGGACCUGAAGAAGAAGGAGUGCGAGAAGCGCGGGCUGGAGUUCGACAACCGCAUCAACGCCUGGGACAUGCGCUACUACAUGAACCAGGUGGAGGAGACCAAGUACAGCGUGGACCAGAACCUGCUCAAGGAGUAUUUCCCCAUGCAGGUGGUCACCACGGGCCUCCUGGCCAUCUACCAGGAGCUGCUGGGCCUCACCUUCCAGCUGGAGGAGAAGGCUCAGGUGUGGCACGAGGACGUGCAGCUCUACACGGUGAAGGACGCGUCCUCCGGGGACACCAUCGGGAAAUUCUACCUGGACCUGUACCCAAGGGAAGGGAAGUAUGGGCACGCCGCCUGCUUCGGCCUCCAGCCCGGCUGCCUCUUGCCAGACUCCAGCCGGCAAAUCUCAGUGGCCGCCAUGGUGGCCAACUUCACCAAACCCACGCCGGACGCCCCUUCCCUGCUGCAGCACGAUGAAGUGGAGACCUACUUCCACGAAUUUGGGCACGUCAUGCACCAGCUCUGCUCUCAGGCGGAGUUUGCCAUGUUCAGUGGGACACACGUGGAGCGGGAUUUUGUGGAGGCCCCGUCCCAGAUGUUGGAGAACUGGGUGUGGGAGAAGGAGCCGCUGCUGCGCAUGUCCAGGCACUACAAAACAGGGAGCCCCAUCCCGGAUGAGCUGCUGGAGAAACUCAUUAAAUCCCGGCAGGCGAACACAGGGCUCUUCAACCUACGCCAGAUUGUCCUGGCCAAGGUGGACCAGGCGCUGCACACCCAAACCAAGGCUGACCCCGUGGAGGUGUUUGCCCAGCUCUGUGAAGAGGUGCUGGGUGUCCCUGCCACCCCAGGUACAAACAUGCCGGCCACCUUCGGCCACCUGGCCGGGGGCUACGACGCCCAGUACUAUGGCUACCUCUGGAGCGAGGUGUAUUCCAUGGACAUGUUCCACACUCGUUUCAAGCAGGAGGGAAUCAUGAACUGCAAGGUGGGCAUGGAUUACAGGAACUGCAUCCUGCACCCCGGCGGCUCCGUGGACGCCUCGGACAUGCUGAGGAAAUUCCUGGGCAGGGAACCCAGGCAGGACGCCUUCCUGGCCAGCAAGGGACUGAAGGUGGACAGCAACUCUGUGCCUUCGGCCUGAGGUGCUGCACUGGUGGGGGAAACUCCUGCCUUCACACCUGCCCUCACCUGGUUCCUGUCACCAAACACCCCCCGGGCCACCCCUGCCUGGAGCUGCCCCUCCAGGAUCCCUCUCUGAGCCCCUCCCGGGGCGUUGGGAGCUGGGCUGGGGCUCUGUGGUGACACAGAGGUGACCUGUCCUUGUCACCCUAGUGCUGUGUGUCACCCACACCAAUUGGCUGAACUUUGAACCUGAUUUCUGCACGAGGGUGAGUUUUUGGCCUGGUUUUGGAGCCAGGAAGGAGGAGGAGAGGAGUUCCCAAACUUGAAUAUUUGUUUUUAAAUCCCUUCUCUUUUAAGAAAUCUCGUUGUUGUUGUUGUUGCCACCUUGGCUUGGUUUGUGCCCCAUGGCAGACACGGCUGUCACCAGGGCAGGGACAGCUCCCCCCAUCUUUAGGCAGCUCUUGGCUGUGCAGUAAAGAUGGGGAGAUCCCAGAGC